AUGGAGACUGAUUUCUCAAGAGUCACUCUCCGGCCGUUCGAUCUGAUGGACGCUCGCGAUUUCUUGAGAUGGGCCGGUGAUGAUCGAGUGACCGGAAAUCUCCGUUGGCCGACUUUUACAACGGAAGAGGAAGCUUUGGCCUUCAUUCGAGACGCAUGUCUGCCUCAUCCAUGGCGGCGAUCCAUCUGCAUCGAUGACCGUUCGACUGGAUUCAUCUCAAUCUUCCCUGAGACCGGCGAUGAUAGCAAGAACCGAAUCAAACCGAGUCAAGUAGCGUUGAGCGUUCUAUGCAAUGUGAAGCCUCGUUCAAUUGGCAAAUGUACAAACCGAAUUAUUUUCUGA